AUGAGCCGUUCGAGUACGUCGAGCACCAAUCGUUCAAAAGAAUCAGAUGGUGCAAUACCCAGUCAAGAUGGGACAGAUACGAAGACAGACGACACAGACGACACCGUCUCGUCAACUGCGUCAGCAGGCGUGCAAAUGAUGCAGGCAACGACGCUAGUCUGGUCCACGAAGAUUCUUGUCGCUGCCUACGCCGUGGUCUGGUUCAUCUACUUCAUCAACAAUAUCCAACAGGGUGUGGCGAGCGUUCUGACGAAUUUCUUGGUUGGAAAGUUCGGAAAACACUCGUCUUUGCCGGCCGUAGGCCUGAUGAGCAGUUUGGUUGGCGGCCUCACGAAGUUACCGCUUGCCAAAGUUCUCGAUAUUUGGGGACGCCCUCAGGGCUUCCUGUUUUGUGUCGCUAUCUUGACUUUGGGGUUGGUUUUGAUGGCCUUCUGCGACAAUUUUGAGACGUAUGCCACUGCGCAGGUCUUCUACUGGGUUGGGUACGGCGGUGUCGCUUACACCUUGCACGUUUUCAUAGCUGAUACAUCGUCACUCGAGAAUCGUGCGCUUGCAAUCGCCUAUUCAAACUCUCCAUACAUUAUUACGGCAUGGAUAGGUGGACCACUCGCGGACUGGGUGCUCGCUGGCCCCGGGAUCGCAUGGGCGUUCGACCUCUUCGCUAUCAUUAUCCCAGCUAUCACGAUACCGCUCUCUAGCCUCUUCAUGCUAAACUACCGCAAGAUCAAGGACGAGUAUCUUUUGACGGAAGAGAAGAGCGGGCGGACGACCUGGCAAUCCAUCAAGCAUUACUUCGAACACUUCGACGUCAUUGGCCUACUCCUUGUCAUUACUGGUUUUGCGUUGUUUUUGAUACCCUUCACGCUCUGGCCCACAGAAAGGCAAGGUUUCGGGUCACCUAUGAUCAUUGCAAUGAUGACAAUUGGCAUCUCGAUUUUGAUUGCAUUUGCCGUGUGGGAGAUGUUUUACACGGACAUUGGCUUUAUCCCUUGGAAGCUACUGGCUGAUCGCACGACACUUGGCGCUUGCCUUCUCGGUGCCAGUCUAUACAUUAGCUUCUCGAUGUGCUACUCGUAUUUGUUUCCGUUUCUCAUUGUCGUCAAUGGACUGGACAUCAAAAAAGCGUCCUACAUCAGCCAAAUCUACGGUGUCGGGUCGAGCCUUUGGUCUAUUGUGGUUGGUGCAGCCAUCCGCAAAUCUGGCCGUUUCAGAUGGCUCGCAUGGUAUUUCGGUAUGCCGGUCACUAUAUUGGGUGUUGGUCUCAUGAUCCACUUUCAACGACCCGAUGUCAGCAUAGGCUAUGUCAUCAUGUGCCAAGUCUUGACCUCCUUUGCCGGCGGAACAGUCUUCCUUUGCGAACAAACGGCCGCGUCGAGUACUGUACCCCAUGAGCAUAUCGCUGUAGUCAUGGCUUUGGAAAGCUCGUUUUGCGGUCUUGGAGGCGCCAUUGGUUCGGCCAUUGCUACGGCCGUCUGGCAGGCCAUCUUCCCUGCGAAGCUCCAGAGCUAUCUACCGCCCGCUGACCUGGGCCACUUGGAUGAAAUCGUGGGCUCCAUGAACAGACAAACAACAUACCCAAUGGGAUCACCGACCCGGACCGCCAUCAUUCAGGCCUAUGGCGAGGCGCAGACAACCAUGAUCAUCAUUUCAACGGCUGUUCUGUGCCUAUCUGUGGCUUUUGUGGCGCUUUGGAGAGACAUUGACGUGAAAGCUGUCAAGCAAACCAAGGGAAAUGUGGUUUAA